UCCAGCGGGAAGUGGCCGAUUCCGGAGGACAGGAGGGUGGAGGCGUGGCUCGGACGGGAGCCGGGCGGGGGCUGCCGCCGCGGCGACAAGAGAGCGCCUAAUCCCCUGCGACCUGGGGCGGAGCUCCGCUGUCCAAGUGCCCAGCUCGCCGAACGAGGUGGGCGGGCGACUCGGGACCAUGGCCAGGGCUGGCAUGGAGCGGUGGCGAGACCGGCUAGCACUGGUGACGGGAGCCUCGGGGGGCAUCGGCGCCGCCGUGGUCCGAGCCCUGGUCCAGCAGGGACUGAAGGUGGUGGGUUGUGCCCGCACCGUGGGCAGCAUAGAGGAGCUGGCUGCUGAAUGUAAGAGUGCAGGCUACCCCGGGACUUUGAUCCCCUUCAGAUGUGACCUGUCAAAUGAAGAGGACAUCCUGUCCAUGUUCUCGGCUAUCCGCUGUCAGCACAGCGGUGUGGACAUCUGCAUCAAUAACGCUGGCUUGGCCCGGCCUGACACCCUGCUCUCAGGCAGCACCAGCGGUUGGAAGGACAUGUUCAAUAUGGACCCCUGCUGGAGACACCCCAUUGCCCUCCCUGGCCUGCAGGUGAAUGUGUUGGCGCUCAGCAUCUGCACACGGGAAGCCUACCAGUCCAUGAAGGAGCGGAAGGUGGACGACGGGCACAUCAUUAAUAUCAACAGCAUGUCUGGCCACCGAGUGUUACCCCAGUCUGUGGUCCAUUUCUAUAGUGCUACCAAGUAUGCCGUCACUGCACUGACAGAGGGACUGAGGCAAGAGCUUCGGGAGGCCCAGACCCACAUCCGAGCCACGUGCAUCUCUCCAGGACUGGUGGAGACACAAUUCGCCUUCAAACUCCAUGACAAGGACCCUGAGAAGGCAGCUGCCACCUAUGAACACAUAAAGUGUCUCAAACCCGAAGAUGUGGCCGAGGCUGUCAUCUAUGUGCUCAGCGCACCCCCACAUGUCCAGAUUGGAGACAUCCAGAUGAGGCCCACGGAGCAGGUGACCUAGUUUCCUGUGGGGAGCUCCCCCUUCCCUCCCCUCCCCUCAAGGCUUGGUUCCUGCUUCUGGACUGUAGGUGUUAAUUUCUGGACUCCUGGAUUCCAGUUCCUCUCCCCACCCUCACCAGGGCUUAUAAAAUUUGUUUGAGAUUUUUUUAUCUUAUCAAAUUGUUUCUACCACAAAUGUGAAAAG